GAAAGAAGAGCAAGAAGACUCCUCGUUUUUUGAGUUUUUGAUGAAAUCCGAAGAAGUAAGGGGGAUGAUCUCUCCCGUCUUCGAGACGUUGACGCUAAGACUAGGACUAGGAGUUGUAAGUAGAGUUAGCAGCGAACCAUUUUGAGGAGGUAAAACAUCGUCAGAAAGAAGAUCGAGUCUUUGGACAAGCUCUUGUUCUUGACUCGUCUCUUUCGUUUUCGUUGUCCUGGAGCUUAGUCAGAAUUUGAUGUCGAGCAAAAAUCGGUAAUCUUUUCGGAACACAUCUCCUUCAAAUAUCGUUUCUUAGUUGAGGGACGAGCACAUGUCGGGCAAUGAGAGAGUUAUAUGAAAAGUCGGAUUACAAACCUACACCAUGAUGAAUGAAACCCCAAAACCCGAAGAACGAAUGGAUUUCUUCACCGAUAUUAAGCAAACCCUGCUUCCUCGCUUACUCACCAAUUCACCUAUGUUAUGUUAUAAGAACCUACAACUUUAUGAUGUCGAAGAACCAAUCGUCAAAUUGAAAAAUUCACAAAACACCCUGCUAGGCACUUUGCAUGCAGAAGAAUUGAGAACAUCGUGCCUUUCACAUCUAGUCUUCGUCGUCAUUGCCAACAUUGCCAUUACUCCAUUAGUUACUACAUUAAGACAGCAACAUCAUAGAAAAUGGCGACUUAUCGCCUCGUCGAUUGUCUCGACGACGUCGUGAAAAAACGUGGACGACUUUUGAAAGACGUCAACAACUUUCCCCAUCCAUCUGGGGAGUAUUUGGAAAUAUGGGACUGCGUUAACAGGUAAUUUUAUAAUGAAAUGUUUCUGUCUGCUGGUACAGUUCAAAAAUCAAAUGAAAAAGAAAUAUAUGAGUGUACUGUUUACCAGAAUUAUCAGUGCGAGGAUAAGAAGUAGCGCAUUCGUCCUAUUGGCGACUACAGGGUCAGACAGAUUACCUUCUCGUCACAAUCGAUUUUCAGGUAUAUCGCCGGCUGCAUGGAACAGCGCAAAGGGCUGAACAUCACCAACUUUUGCAAGAUUGGAUACUACAAGGAAAAGACGCGUGACGGCGCUAAAUUGCGACCCUUCUUCCAGCUAGCAGAAAGCUUCGUGCAGACGUUUGCAUUGGAUAACAAGAGUUAUGCGUUCACCUUCUAGUAGAGUUUUGUAGAAAUGGUUUGAGUUUUAGUUCUUUCUCUAAUAAACUAAAACUCAACCAUUAGAGACGAGCGAGACCAGUGCCCCUACGAGGAAUUUUGUAGAAAUGGUUUGAGUUUUAGUCCUUUUGUAGAAAAGGUUAGAUUUGAAAAUGUUGACGUUGUUGACCAACGAACAGAGAAAGAACAACUUCUGCAAGGACAAAAUUAUAGGACCGACUACGUAGAACCCUUCUUCUAAUGUCAACACCAGCAACCUUUUUAUUUCUCAACCAUCCCCCACGACCUUGUUCUAAUAAAAAGCCGCCGCGAAAAUCGACGAGCGAGACCAGUGCCCCUACGAGGAAUUCAACUUUUCGAAAGCAGCAAUCAAAUAUUCAAAUUGCUUGAAUAAAGACAACGUCUAUUGCGGUCUUCGCUACAUCGUCCAAGCGAUCGGUGAAGCCAUCACACAGGGAAAGCGUGUCGAGAUCGAUUUCGAACAUGGGAAGCUCGUUGCGCAAGAGCGCCGGUCCAACUUUACGUUUAAAGCAGAGCUGUAUCAGAAAGAAGGUACUAAGGACUAUCUUUUUUUUUCACUCCUGAUACGUAUAGAUACUAGAUGUACUAUUAUGCGCAGUUCUGUUUUUAGUCCUCGUCUUCCCUUCUUUGAAGGUGUUGUUGUUGAAAAGGAGGCUCGAUGUCGAUGAAGAUGAGACAGUUUUCACAGUCUCGUUUUCAACAAUUGAGACCGCUCAACACUUGCACAAAUUUACUCCUUUUCUUACCUGCGCCACAGGUCUUCCCGCGCCAGUCGACGCCGCCAAAUCGACCUAUGCCCCAUCGCGCACAUUCCAAGCUCCUACCACGGAUGCGUUGAAACUGAAGCUGAAGGGAACAUCGAGACGGGGAGCGGCCUCUACUAGUAAUUUGGAGUCAGUGCCAGAAGCCCAGCAGGGUUUAGAAUCCGAGAAAGCAACAUUGCAGAGGGAGAAGAAUCAGCCGCCACUUUUAUGAUUGGAUGUAUAGCUCUCGUUCUUCUGUUGUACCCGCUUGAUCUUGAUCACGCCUCACCUCCUCGUACGGACAGGGGUUGGACAGGGGUAGGCCCCCCUACCCCCCCCAACCCCCCCUAGGACCCCCCUUCUCCCCCCGACAAUCCCUGAAAAAACCUUUCUAGACUUUUUUGCCGAUUAUUACUCUUUUAAUAGCUGCUCUCCUCGUGCACGUUGUUGUUGACCAUCCGCUUGAUCUUGAUCACGCCUCACCUCGUAAAACUCAUGGUAUUUCUCAUUUGUUCUCGUCACUCUCACAACUCAUGUAAAUGUCUCAUUUGGACUCGUCACUCUCACAACUCAUUUGGACUCGUCACUCCUCCCUCUUUCAUCUCCCAACUUCGACGAAUUCGCGGCGGCGGAAAAGCCAUUCCAGGGACCUCCUUCUGAGGUGUACAAUGAGGAAGAUUACGGGUAUCCCGACGAUGAGUCGGUAUCACAAGCCAGCGAACACAGUCUCUACGACCCCGCGAAGUACAAGGGUCCCACAGUGAAGCAAGAAAAAGCCCAUCGUGAAGCUAUGGACCGAUAUCUGACGGAAAUGGAAAUCCGAGCGAGCGAAGCUAUUGCGGUACUAUGAUUUUCCUAGAAUGGAAGUUUUCUUCUCUAUCUCUCUCGUGCAAUAGGUUUUUUGAUUCUCCUAGGUUGACAAGAUCAUAAGGGUUAGGCUUAGGUCCAGCGAAUCUAUCUCCAUGAAAAAAUUGACCACGACAGGACCGACGACAGUGGGAAGAGCAUUUAGAGAGGUGUUUGAAGCAGGAGCGUGAUGAUAUGGACAGAAAGCGAUCUCUCGCAGUGGAAAACCAGGACUUCAUUCAGCAACAAGUACUUGAUUUAAUAGAGUUCAUAGAACAACAUUAGUUUUGGUAAUGUUGUUGUGGUAGUAUCUGUUUCAUUGACUUCGACUUAUGAGAAAUGUCUUUCAUCAUGAUGCAGUGCUGUUCUUGUCCUGGAGGUGUAACAAUCUACAACCACGAGGAACUACCCAUUUUUCCAUCAUCAUCAUCAUCAUCAUCAUCAUCAUCAUCAUCGUCAUCACUCAGAUGGAAUGGAACCGCGUAAAACGAGGUCACGACCGACAGAAUUGGAUUAUGGGUGCUAGCGCACACGAGUUUCCCCAAUUCACAGAGCCGGAUGAUGCUGGGUUGAAAAAGGUAAUGAGUGAACACUUCUGUAGUUCAUGUUGAUCUAAAAGCAGACUAGUUGUAGUUCGUUGUAGUUUUUUCAGGUUUUCAUCGACAAAGCAACAACAUGAUUUCAAGGCAACAAGGAGAUUCGUUUUUUUAGAGAAAAACCAACGUACUGUUUACUCAACAACCUGCCUAUACUCACGACUUGUGUAUGAAAGAGUGCACACCUCUCAACCUUCCUUUCUAUGCUCCUUCUUCUACACUACAGUUGAUGAAAGAGCGCGCAGCAAAAUAUCGGGAUGAUUUGAGCUUGCAAGUCCGAACCCAGAACGCACUGAAGACCAUCGAGCGAAACAAAGAAAGAGAGCUGGAAUAUUCCCAGAUUGUAGCCAACAAGAACGAAGUGGUACAAAAUUCUACCUUGCAAUAUAUAACCGAUGUUACUUGAUGGCGAAGAUAUUUGUCCUAUCGUGAAGAUGAUAUCAAUAAUGCUCUCUUCACCGCACACAUCAUCUACAUCACUACUCAACACACCAGGGCGUUCAAGAGAAGAACGAAAGGCAAACGAAGGACUUCGAGAAAAAGCUGCUAACAGAUAGUUGGUCUCGGGAAGUGCGAAUGAAGAAUAUCUGGAAGGCGAUUGACAAUCACACGAUGGCCCCACAGAGUGCAGGUACUUCAUUGAUAUUUACACGAUGGCACCACAGAGUGCAGGUAAUUCACUUUUGAAAAUCUUCAAUUAUGUUGGUGACACCUCUCGCUACUUAUGAAGAAUAUUCAAUAUUGUUAAAGAACUGACCACCGCAUAAUGAUUCAUUUAAAUCUCAUCGCUCUCAGAGAUCAUGACCUUGACCAACCUCGCAACCAAUCCAUUUCAGUCGGCGCUUCUGCGGGUCAGUUAAUGGGACCGGAUAUUGGCGAUAACUUCAGCGACACCUCGUCCAUGCGCGGAUUCAGCACACGGUAUUUUUACAUUGACCCUAAGUAAUACUGAUGUUCUAUAAAGUACGGAGAACUUACUAUUUGAAUUACAUGCACCCCAAUAAGUGCUCCAUUAUAAUAAACGGAGAACUUACUAACUCCUAUUAAUUUGAAAGAAUUUUGAAAUAUAUUAUAAGUAGACGAUUUUCGUCUUCACUUAUUCAAUAUGACACCUACAACAGACCCAAGAAGACUAUGGGAGCAUCGAUGAACCUGGAGAAGCAGAGGGCUAUGAUGAAGAAAUAAGGAAUUAUCGAGAUGUCUUUGGCAAGGAAACUACGGUAAAUUUUGCAACACCAACAUGCUGAGGACAAACUAACGCGAAUGGAUGCAUACAUCAGAGCUUUUUCGGAAAGAACCUAGCUGCAGUUACUAGAUCGACGAGAUACUAGGAAAAAUCUUCAAAAAUUUGAAUUUCUUCUAACUACUCCAUCGUCCCCAUAACAACGUAAGUAUUAAAGAACUCUUCAAGAAGUGAAGAUCAUGCUAUUAUGAUAGUAAUUCCUAUAAUGUCGUGGAGAAAGAAGAUAUAACUAUAACGUAAAAAGAACAAUUGAAUCGUAUUAUGCUGAAUUGAAUUCCUUUCAACACCUCCUGAGUAGAACUAGUAUAAAAACAACCAAAAAUGAUGGCCAUUCAUCCCUUUGAUGAAUGGUGCGCGCGAUAACACGAGAAAUGACAGAUGCGAACCGCUUCAUAGCUGCACAAGAUCAAGAAAGUGCAGGUUAUUCAUAGCUGCAGCUAUCAUGAAAAUGAAAAUAUUCAUCAAAAAAUUGAGUUACAAAAUGAUGAGUAAAAACAUUACGACCUUCAAGUAGUGAUGUGUUGCUUCUAGAAGUGAUACAAGAACUCGAUCACUUACAAAAAUCCAAUGCAAGUACUAUUACCUGCACAUCAUCACAUCCUGUCAUACCAAAUAAGUAGUGUAGACGUCAGCACUGAAAGAAUUUUCUACCCCUGUAUUGAAUUUAACGAAUCGAAAUGAACUUCUAAGUAGUAAUAUAAUCAUGUCAUUUCAAUUGUGUACAGAACAGUGAUGAAGUACAACUGUGAAAAUCAGCUGCUCGUGCGCGACUGAAGCGGGCUCAAAUGAGACUCGUCCUCCAAUGGUAUUCGCACAAAACGAACCUCUUGCGAUUGCGAGUAUGACAAAUAGGAAAAAAUUGUACCCAUCGAUCAAAAGAAGUACCUAAGAGGACCAUUGUUGCUCAGCUGCUGCACAGAGAGCCUAGUAUUAUUGAUGAACCACUACCACGUAUAAGGGACGAACCCUCCACGGCUCAGAAAACCAGUGUGUUCGUUUGGCGUGUGGAACUGAAGAUGAUCUUUUGGUAUCUAUGGCUUAGCUUUGCUGAAUGAAAGACAACAGUUGGAAGUAAUUGAUCUCAUUGUACAAACGCCGUUGGUUUUACACGUUACAAACGUAACGGCGUUGGUUUUAGACGUUACAAACGUCGUUGGCUUUAGACGUUACGUCGUUGGCUUUAGACGUUACGUCGUUGGCUUUAGACGUAGAUCUCUUGACGUUAGACAUCAAUUUGAGUUUACUAUGAUCGGGCGUUGCAACCCGUAAACAUCCUAAGAGCCUUGAGGUUGAGCCACGGGUGAAGAGAACAAGGAAAUCU